AUGAAGGUAUGGAAGUUGGCAGCCAUUGCAUCGAUGCUCCUCAGUUCCAUCUUAUCCAUUUUAGUUUGUAGAGACAUGUUCACUGGAAGCCGGACACACAGCCCCUUGCCUUCCUCGCCGUAUUCCUCACGGGCAUCCUCCUCUUCCUCCUCUUCUUCCUCUUCCUCCUCCUCCUCCUCCUCCUCCUCCUGGCUGCCAGCAGCUCUGCAGAGAUCCCGGCGGGCCCUGCGACGCCGCAGCUCCCUGCUCACCCAGUACAGCAGCUUGUUGGAGAGCUACACAGAGGGGGAGAUGCGGCAGCUCCUCUCGGCGCUGCUGGGACGGCGGCGGGAGCUGCAGGUGAGCAUCACCGACCUGGGGCUGGGCUACGAGUCGGACGAGACGGUGCUUUUCCGCUACUGCAGCGGCACCUGCGAGGCCUCCGUGCGCAGCUACGACCUGUCCCUGAAAAGCAUGAGGAGCAGGAGGAGGAUCAGGCAAGAGAAGGUUCGUGCCCGGCCCUGCUGCCGCCCGCUCUCCUACGACGACGACGUCUCCUUCCUCGACGCCUACAACCGCUAUUACACCGUCAACGAGCUGUCGGCCAAGGAGUGUGGCUGCGUGUGA